AACCUUGCCCCCUGGCCAUUCGUCAUUUUACCAUCCUGCGACCUGCCUGAGUACACUUACCUCACCACAUCGACACCAUAUGCUGUCACCUUCCACACACACCACUCCACCCAGUUUUACUUUGCUUUGCUUUAUCCCUAAGACCUUCCCCCGUCCCAUAGCCCCGACUUUCGACUCCACCUCUUCCCUGUUCUUGAUGCUCAUCUACAACACGGCCGAUUCCCCCUCCCAAGUCUGACGAAGGAAUAUGCUUAUAUGGACAUCAGUGAUCUCCUUGUCCGUCAUGAGAAGCUCGUUCACCUCAACGAGGGCAGCAAGGAGAAUAAUCGCCCAAGAAAGACUUCAUCCAGCACACAUAAUCCACCAUCUUCCUCCGACAGCCAUGUCGAGCACGAAAUGUUGGGCGUCCAGCGCCCACCUCAGCCGCAGUAUCACCAGGAGUCAAUAACGGCCGUGGCAUCCACCAUGGCCCCAGAUCCUCGCAUGCCGGGCCCGGCCCGUGCCGCUGCUUGCAACCUCGAUCUACUUUCUGAUGCGGCCCUGGCCAGCGAAGUGAACCCCAUGCAGCAACCUAUGAUGGCUGAGAUGGGCCGUCCGCCUUCCGAUCAUACGAGGAUCAAGUCCUAUGAUGAGUCGAUGGGGUAUCCAGAACGGCCACGGGAGGACCAGAAUAUGCUGGCGCCGGGAUACGUUCCACAGCCCCAAGCAGCACCUUACGAUGACUAUCACAUCUUUCUCGACGACUUUGCGCCUUCUUCGCACUACCUGCCGCCCCCGUUCGAGUCUGACCAGCAGAUGGGAGGACUUUGGCCCCGUGGCGACAUGCAUCACCGUGGCCCGUCCAAGCCAUCAUCGCAGUUUCCGUCGCGGUUUCCUUCGGUUCAGCCGGAUGGUCGGGAGGGUAUGGAAGGUGGUCCAAGGAGCCACGAAGAGUCAAUGAGAGCACCCCUCCGUAUCUCCGCCGUCGACCACACGGUCAUCAAGAAUCGACUGGAGGAAUUCUCUUCGGUCAUUCCAAACGACUUUGUCUUCCCCUCUCGGCAUACGCUCACUCGCUUCCUUGAGGGGUACAUUAGCGGUUUCCACGAGUAUCUCCCGUUCCUGCAUAUUCCCACAUUAACGCCCGCUGAGAUGGCACCCGAGCUUCUCCUGGCUAUCUUGGCUGUGGGUGCACAAUACCGAUUCGAGAGCCACCGGGGUCACGCUCUGUGGUAUGCUGCAAAGGCCGUUGCACUCGAGCAGAUUAGAAGACGGCAUAGCCAUGAAGUUCAUGCUCUUCUCCCGACUCCCGCUGCUUACAGCCCACACUCGACACGGCCAUCUCCUAGCUCUGGCUUUAGGCAUACCUUUGCCUCGGCACAGCAGGAUCGCCCAAUGACACAAGACACUCAUCGCGAGCCUUUCUCGCCAAACACACCGCAAGCUCGGCUAGAGACCACACAGGCUGUCCUACUGCUCUUCGCAGUCGGGCUUUGGGGAGCGAAAGCAAUCUUGCAUGAGGCUCUUUCUCUUCAGAGCCACCUUGCUAUGCUCGUCCGCGAAGAGGGGUUGAUAGCCGAGUCCAGCCCGGCUGUUGCACCCGACUGGGAGACCUGGAUUCGACUCGAGGGAGCCACGCGCACAAAGUUGAUAGCUUAUUGCUUCUUCAACCUGUGCAGUAUUGCGUACAACAUGCCACCUCUUAUCCUCACUUCGGAGCUUGGCCUAUUCUUGCCCUACCCCUCCAGGCUGUGGAGAGCUGAAUCGGCAUGGCAGUGGCAGGAAGACAGACAAAACUACACUUCUGUCGAAAUCACCGUCCACGACGCCUUCUCCAGAGUUCUGACGACUUCGCCGCAAGGAUUGCCUCCACACAUGUCGUCCCUCGGAAACUACGUCCUUAUCCACGCAUUGCUGCAGCACAUUUACCUGCUAAAGCAAACUUCAUUUGCACUCAGUUCGCCGUUUGGGCCGCAGAGGGGAUUGAAGCCGGAGGAUGUGGAAGAGGUCACUGCAGCACUACGGAUAUGGCAAGUUAGCUUCGAACACCGACACCAAUUGCGAGCGGCCGACGCGGGGCAUGUGGGCAACAGCGACUCGUUCCCGGGUGGCCCGGUAGCGUUCAACUCUACUGCCCUCCUGCGCCUGGCAUACAUCCGUCUAUACACCGAGAUCCCGCCCAACCGAUCCCUCGAGACCAGGGAUCACAUGCUGGUGGCUUCGUCGUUGAGCAAUAUGCCCCUCCUCGUCCGUACGUUGAGGUUGCAUCGAGCCGUGUUCCAAGCCAUUCAUGCUUUGUCAAUGUUGGUCAAGGCCGGCGUGAACUACGUUGCCAGGACUAAGAGCCUGGAAUGGAGCAUCCAGCAUUCCUUAUGCAACUUCGAAUGCGCCAUCCUCUUAUCCAAAUGGCUCCUUACCCUCGCAUCGAUCGGACCGAAUGACCCCCCUGCGACCCCCGAAGAAAAGAAUCUCCUACAAUCGGUGAGGAGAAUGCUUGACGAGACGGAAUUCGCUGUGCCCAUAGACCCAUCCCUCGGCGGGCCUACCGCCGGUCAACCUGCCAACAGCGAGGUUUCUGCGAACGACAGCACAAGGUUGAGGCAGCUAGCUGCAGCAGUCAUCAGGCUCUGGGCGGAGACGUUCAAGGGCUCGCACAUUUUCGACAUGGUUAGGGUGAUGGGAUCGAGCCUAGAUGGGUAUGCUGAUUUGGUCGAGAAGCCCCGCGACAGAACACCCCUGGGACGCAUUGCUCAUGACCCAAAUCUCGGAUGAAGUGCGCAGAGCCUAGACAGCGGAAUGCUAGGUUAAGGUCAUGGGGUUGCAUGACUUGUACGGUUUUCAAUGGGCUAGCAGCAUCAUUGGGGAUUGAUGUCGGUCGGCCGUUCAACGCCAAGACAUGACUUCUCCCGAUGCAGUUGUCUGCAGGGCACUG